UCUCGCUUGCAAAAGAGACUGUCCUCUGUCUCAAUGGGCUUUUCCUGGCAAAAUAAAGUCUACAGAUGUGGAGCAGAGAGUGGAGACUGAACCUUCUCUGAUUAAAGAUGAGGGAACAGGAGAGGAUGUGUGGAAGACUGACCCUCAGGAAGAGCUCAGGAUCACUGGAGAGGAGUCUGGUUCAAAGCCUGGGAAACCACCAUCCUUUGAGCAACGGCACUGUGAUGAGGACUCCAUCACACAACCCAAUAUAUCUCCAGAGAACUCAGUGGAACAUUACCCCAAUUCUGAUCGUCCAGAGGAACCAGGAACACCCCAGCUCGCAUCUACAGAGGUGUUCAGCACAGAGCAGCACCGGCCAGAUGAGGACUCACUAGAGCUAGUGAUGGUGAAAGAGGAGGAGCUGGAUCAGACCACGACCCUGGCAGGUCCUGACCAGUUUGUUAUGGAUGAGUCUGAUGGGCAGCUGUGGACCUCUGUGGAUCCAGGCAGAGACACUGACCCUGGUGGCCACCCAGAUUUCUCCUUUCAUUCCACAGAAGAGUACUCUCAGAAUAUCUCAAUUUUCCCAUCUCAUAGUGGGCUGCCAUCUGUUCCUACUAUGACAGAUGAUGUAGGGCCAUCGCUUCACUCUUCUAUAUGGAAACCACAUGCUAACAUGUUCAGUGCUGCAAAACACAUGAAAAGACAUGUAGGGACAUUGGCUGAUGAGACUAGACAACAGAUGCCAGAGGGACAGAGCAGUGAGAUGCUGAAUUCAAGUAAUGAAGGAAAUAGUUUAGCUCUACAGUCAAGGCAGCAUCAAUACAGGGCUUCAGAAGCGACUGUGAGAUUGAGUGAGUGCAUGACAGGGUCAAACAUGGCCACCACCUCCACCUUCUCUGGAUACAGCCUGAGUCACAGUAGUUUUAACAUGGUGAAGAGAAUGAGGACUCAGUGGAGAUCAGGCGGCACCACCGAGAGGCGUUUCAGCUGCACCUUCUGUGGUAAGAGCUUCCAGCGUUUCAGCGAGCUCAAAGUACACCUCCGGAGUCACACCGGAGAGAAACCGUACACCUGCGAACAGUGUGGCAGGAGUUUCACCCAGCAGUGCAACCUGAUCAGACAUGCUCUGGUCCACACUGGGGAGAAACCGUAUGAGUGCACACAGUGUGGGAAAUGCUUCACCCAGCGCUCCAAAAUGAAGUCACAUCAGAGAACUCACAUAGGAGAGAGUGCAGUGUCUCAAUAUGCGGUACCCACAUACCCUGCGGAUCCACAAACAAGUUUAAUGAUGUCUCAGAACAGAUGGAAUAAAUAGUUCAUAAUUACAUCAUUUUUCUGUAACACUUUCUAUGUGAAAAUGUGGUACAGAAAGUAGUUUGAGACAUGUUGACAAGCUUUUUCUUCCAAUUGAUUUGUGAAAUGGUUUUCAUGUUUGACUGUUGUCUGCUCCUCGUUUUCAUUUUAACAACUUAUUUACAACUGGUAACAAUGUGUAUUUCUACCACAAAAUCAUAAAACCAUAUUAUAUUCAAUCAAACUGAUUUAAUGAAAGAGUCAAUCUGCGCUUUUAGAUCAAUAAUACAGUGCCUUCGGAAAGUAUUCAGACCCCUCGACUUUUUCCACAUUUUGUUAGGUCACAGCAUUUUUCUAAAAUUGAUUAAAUAUUAUUUUUUCGCAGCAAUCUACACAAAAUACCCCAUAAUGACAAAGUGAAAACAGAUUUUUAGAUUUUGCAAAGUAAAAUAAAAAUUAAAACAGAUACCUUAUUUACAUAAGUAUUCAAAC